AUGUUGACAACCUUGACUGAACCUGAAAAUUGUCCCAAGUUUGCAAGAGAAGAAUAUUCUAAACAUAUAUCUAUCUUAUAUCCAGGUUUGCAAGAGAAGAAUAUUCUAAACAUAUAUCUACCUUAUAUCCAGUGUUCUUUGUGUUUAUUUCACAGUGGCAACUGUUCUUUCCCAACAGGCAGUAAGGUUAUAGUAUUGCUGUCAGUGUUUUCAGGAGGGGAUCCACAUGAAGUAUUACUCAAAAGUGCUGCCAGUCGGAACAUCUUAGUUUUAUUAGGACUUCCUGCCAAACCGCAGAAGACAUCCAUUUCAGUAUUUAAUCUCAUACCAGCAUACCUAGCUUGGACAGAACGUGUUUUAGAAGACCAUAAAACCAGAUAUUCUCCGUCUAUGUACAAAACAAUACUCGGUUAUUAUUCCCGUGAUGAAAUACUUCUCAGUGAAAUCGAAUUAUCUUUGAUUCAGUUUUAUAAGUUAAUUGCCAGUACCGUUCAUGACUUUGGGAAGAAGAUUCUCGUCUCGGCGAACAUAGAUCUAAGUCGCCUUACUCAAAACAAGACUGUUGCAGACCAUGUGCAAGGAUUUUCAAAAUUUUCUGACCGAAAAUCCGCAAAUAUCGACUUCAUCGCUGUACACGAAGGCCGAGGAUAUGGUCGAGGUGGGUUAUAUUGGCCGACGCAGGUAAAUCAACCAAUAAACGCUUCGGAUCCAAAACUUAUGCAAAUCUUACAACGACGUCAUCUAACGAUAAGUCCAAAUGCGACAUUCGGCGAAGUAUUCACCGGAAGCGUACAAGAACUAUUUCAAGGUCUAAGAAGCUACAGGAAUCAUAACAAGAAUACAUCUGAUCUGUGGCUGUUAUUGGAAGCAGAAGAAGACUUGAUUGACGAUGUUUGUCUUCCAGUAGAUACUAAGGCGUCUGGUAAUUCUGAUCCUAUCGACAGAACCAGUAAAUCUAGAAUUGAUCGUUCCCUGUCUGCUACUGGUGCAGCAGUGCAGAAAGUUAUGGCGUUUGCUUACGAUCCAGAGUUUACAUGUACCACAAAGAGCCAAACGGCCCCAUUAGUUGAGGAGAUAUCAACAGAUUCUGGUCGACCAAUCAUAAGCAACUGCUCUUUCCAUUCGUCUGCUAACAGAUCUGUAGUGGUGAUCGGGUACAAUCUUGAGGGUGAAACACAAGGUUUUCAGGUCGAUUGGCCAGAUCGGGACGGCAAGCAACACCAGGACCACGUAAAUGGAUACUAUUUUGAAUUAGACUAUGGUGAGCAGCAUGGACUGAUUCCGUCUCUGGAAUAUACACAGCUAUAUGACCCGUAUGACGUGAUUUCAUUGGCUGACCACGGCUACGUUAAAGUUCAAGCAAUUGGAAGUUACCAUGGUUGCAGUUUUGUUUUUGACUAUCGACAAAACAGACUGAGUGACAAUGACACUUGAGAAAUACUAUGAAAAUAAAUUAUUUUU